ACACACACACACAGUUUGUUGUUUUGGUUGAUGGGCGUCUGUCAGUAGGAGGGGGGGCGGGAACAAAAGACAAGAAGAUGACAGCUGGCUUCCUGUUGACAGGACAAAACAGACAAUAUCAGAGGGGGACACAGUCAGACCCAGUCAGACCCAGCAGGACCCAGCCAGACCCAGUUAGACCCAACCGGACCCAGCAGGACACAGUCAGGCCCAGCGGGACCCAGCAGGACCCAGCCAGACCCAGUUAGACCCAACCGGACCCAGCAGGACCCAAUCAGACCCAGCAGGACCCAGCCAGACCCACUCAGACCCAGUUGGACCCAGCCAGACCCAGUCACACCCAGCAGGACCCAGCCAGACCCAGUCACACCCAGCCAGACCCGGUCAGACCCAGCGGGACCCAGCCAGACCCGGUCAGACCCAGCGGGAUCCAGCCAGACCCAGUUGAAGCAGUGCAUUCCGUGUUUGGUUCAGGAUGUGGAUCUUCUUGAUGGUGCUCGGCUUGCUGGGUCAGAACCAGGCGUUUCCAUGGGAACACAGCAACCUCUGGCCAAUCCUGCAACAACAGCUGGACCAGACCACACUUUCUCCUGUUUCUGACCCCGGACAGAAAACAUCUUCUUCUUCUUCGUCUUCUUCCUCCUCUUCAUCAGAGUCCUCCGAGAGCCAGAGUUCAAAGAAUCAACAGCUGAGAGGAGAUGACAUCACCCCCGGCAUCAACAGCCUGUGGGCCAAUCAACUGCUUUCACUGCGAGACGGAGACGCCGGGGACCCCGGAGACACCGUGGACGCUGGGGACCCCGGAGACACCGUGGACCCCAGAGACACCGUGGACGCUGGGGACCCCGGAACCACCGUGGACCCCGGAGAGACCGGGGACCCCGGAACCACCGUGGACGCUGGGGACCCCGGAGACACCGUGGACGCUGGGGACCCCGGAACCACCGUGGACCCUGGAGAGACCGGGGACCCCGGAGACACCGGAGACGCCGAGGAUGUGUCACUUCCUGUGGGCGGGGCCUUUGUGGAACAGGCGCUGUUCCCCUUCGACUCAGAGCAGCACGGUUACUAUGGAGACGGGGCGGGGCUUCAGCUGUGACGAGGCCACGCCCCUUCUGCUGUCGACCAAUCAGUGACCAGACAUUAUAACUGAUUUAUAUCUAACGUACUCCGUGUUUCACAAAGCCUCGUUAACAUACUACUACCCGCUUAUUACUACAUAAUAUACAGGAUAUACUAUAUAUAUAGUAUUAUAUAUAUAUAUAUAUAUAUAUAUAUAUAUAUAUA